AUGGGAGGCUGGUUUGCACACCCCAUCUUCAAAAACGGAGAUUACCCGGAGGUGAUGAAGACACGGAUCCUUGAAAGGAGCCUGGCAGAGAACCUCACCAAGUCAAGGCUCCCUGCAUUUACAGAGAGCGAGAAGAAGAGGAUCAACGGCACCUUUGACUUUUUCGGGUUCAACCACUACACCACUGUCCUGGCCUACAAUCUCGACUAUCCUGCUGACAUCUCUUCCUUUUACGCAGACAGGGGCGUGGCCACCAUUGUAGACAGCUCCUGGCCAGUCUCUGGCUCCUCCUGGCUGAAGAUGACCCCUUUUGGCUUCCGGAGGAUCUUGAACUGGCUGAAGGAAGAAUUCAACAACCCUCCAAUUUAUGUCACAGAGAAUGGGGUGUCCAGACGAGGGGACCCAGAACUCAAUGACACCGACAGGAUCUACUACCUCCGCAGCUACAUCAAUGAAGCCCUCAAAGCCGCUGUGCAGGAUAAGGUGGACCUUCGAGGAUACACGGUAUGGAGUGUGAUGGACAACUUCGAAUGGGCCACAGGCUUUACAGAGAUGUUUGGUGUGCACUUUGUGAACCGCUCGGACCCUUCUCUGCCACGGAUCCCCAAGGCGUCAGCCAAGAUCUAUGCCUCUAUAGUGCGCUGCAAUGGCUUUCCUGACCCUGCACAAGGACCUCACCCUUGUCUCCAGCAACCAGAGGAUGCUGAACCUACUGCCAGCCCUGUGAAGGCAGAAGUGCCCUUCCUGGGGCUGAUGCUGGGCAUCACAGAAGCACAGACGGCAUUGUAUGUGCUCUUUGCUCUUCUGCUUCUUGGAGUCUGUAGCUUGGUGUUUCUAUUGUACAAAUACUGCAAGCGCUCCAAGCAACGGGAAACACAGCCAAGCCAAAGUGAGCUGAGUCCAGUGUCUUCCUUCUGA